CAAGUGGAGAUCAAGAAGAGAUCCAGAAUGCCUGGUGUUAUGAUCACCCAGUAUGUCAAGGAACUGCCACGUGGAAAAACCACACCUGAUUUCACCAGGAAACCAAUUGCCUUGACAGUUCAAGAAGGCAAAGUGGCAGUUUUCAAAGCAGUGGUGAGUGGAGAUCCAACUCCAACUGUAACCUGGGCACGAAACAAGGGUGACACUUCUGAUCCAGAAAAAUAUAAGCCAAAAUGUGACCCAAAGACUAGAGAACAUGUUCUGGAGAUACCAAAUGUGAAAGUAGACCAAGGAGACACGUACAAAUGUUUCGCUACGAAUGAAUUUGGAAAAGCUGUAUGCACAGCUACAUUGGGUGUCAUUGGAGUUGGAGUCAAGAAAAAGCAGAUCGGUAUGUCCACAAUAGACCCAGAGGACUUCAGGAAAAUGCUUAAGAAAACCAACAUUGUCAGGAAGAAAAAGGAAAAACCCAAGAAAGAAGGGGAGAUUGAUCCAAAAUUCUGGGAAUUGAUGCUAAGUGCCAAAAAGAGUGAUUAUGAGCGCAUUUGUCGGGAUUUUGGAGUCACUGACUUUCGCUGGAUGCUAAAACACCUUAACCAAAUGAAAAAGGAUAAGGAGGAUGAACAGGCCAAGGUGGUCGAGAAAGUUGACAACAUGAAAAAGAUUGAACUGAAAACGAGUGGCAGAGCUGAAUUUGAGUUUAAUAUGAAGCUCAAGGACCCAAAGAGUAACAUUUAUCUGUACAAGAAUGGCGACUUGCUUGAUUAUGGCGAUGGCACUGAUGAUUCUUCCAAACUCAAUAUGAAAAAAACUGGUGAUAAGUACUUGUUUAGCAUCAACAAUGUUGGCCUAAAUGAUGGAGGAAUGUACCAAGUGGACGUUGAGGAUGUUAACGUUUUCUCAACAAGCUUUACAAUCCCUGAUGUGGAAUUCGAUGGCAAGCUGAAGGAUGCUAAAGUCAUUGAGGAACAGGAUGCAGUGUUCGAGUGUGUUUUAUCUGGUCCUGUACCAGAAAUCACCUGGUGUGCCAAUGACAUCUCUGUUGAGCAUGGAGACAAGUACAACAUCACAGUCUCUGAAGACAAUCUCACCCACAGAUUAGUAGUGAAGAACUGUAAACCAGAGGACAAGGGUGUGUACACGGCUAUUGCUGGGAUUAAAUCCGCCAAGGCCACUCUUGCUGUGGAUGAGGAUCCUAACGCCAGGGGGAAGGGUCGAAGUGGUUCAAGUGAUGGAGCAGAUGAUCUCACAAGAUGUCUAACAGAUGAGCAGGCCAGGCUGCAGAGAGAAAGGGAUGAAGCAGCCAGGAGAGCCAAGGGUACUGGUGGAAGAGGUGAUGGAGACGGCAGUGGAGGAACUGGCUUGGGAGGUGGAAGUGGUGGAGAUGCAAGAGGAAGGUAUGGACUGGGAGGAGACGGUACAGAUGGAAGUGGGAAGAAUGAUAUAGAUGGAAGUGGGAAGAAUGGUAAAGACAGAAGUGGGAAGAAUGGUACAGACAGAAGUGGGAAGAAUGGUACAGACAGAAGUGGGAAGAAUGGUAUAGAAAGAAGUGGGAAGAAUGGUACAGACAGAAGUGGGAAGAAUAUAAUAGGGAAGAGUGAUUCAGGAGCAGACGGACUGGGAGGCCAAUUAGCUGGUCUUGGAUCUGGUGGAACUGUUGGAGAUGGUACAGAUGAUAAAGUACACUUUGCAAGCGGGUUAUCAGACCAAAACGUUCUACGUGGCAAGCCUGCCGAACUUGUGUGCAAACUAAAUACUGAAAAAAUAGACGGAGUGUGGUAUAUCAAUGGGGAGAAGCUGACUUCCAAAGAUGGAGUGAUCAUUGCUAAAGAUGGUUGUACACAUAAGCUCAUAAUUCAGAAUUGCAAAGAUUUAGAUACAGGUUUAUAUCAGUUUGAGGUGAAUGGCUGCAAGACAGAGGCCACCGUGACAGUUGGAGAUCUUCCAGAAUUUGAUCCUGAUGCUUUACAAAAGUUCUUGAACCCCGUGAUAGUGAAAGCAGGCCAGACUGCAUCUUUUAAGAUGUCAUUACCUCCACAAGCCUCUCUGGAGGUUAAAUGGUUUAAAAAUGGCUCUGAGAUUCUUGAUGGUGGUUCAGUUAAAGUAGUGAAGGAAUCAAACCAUAGUCGCUUUCAAAUGAAAGACUGCAUGCGGAUGGAUACUGGAGAGAUCAAAAUCCAGCUUAAAAACCCUUUUGGUUCUACUGAAGCCAUAUCAAGUCUUCUUGUACUAGACAAGCCAGGUACACCACAAAGCCCUGUAGAAGUGAACAAAAGCACCUCAGUCCUUGAAUUGAAAUGGAAUCCUCCAAAGGAUGAUGGUGGGUCAACGGUAUCGAACUACAUAAUUGAGCGCCAACAAGUUGGACAGAGUACAUGGAAAAGGGUUGGGGAUGUUUCAGCUGAUCAUCUAACCUUCAAAGAUAAAAGUGUGUCCCUUGGCAAGAGGUAUAUAUAUCGCAUCUAUGCAGAGAACCCUGAUGGCAUCAGUGAACCAUUGGAGACAGAGAAAAUCAUAGCAGGCGCUUUAAUUUUCCCUGGCCCACCGGCCCCUCCAAAGGUUGUCAGUGCUUUCAGAAACUGUAUCAACCUACAUUGGAUUCCACCAGAGAAAGAUGGAGGAGCUACAAUUUUGGGCUACCUGCUGGAGAAACGCAAGAAGGAUACCAACCAGUGGGUGACUCUGAACUCAGUCAACGAACCGAUUCAAGCUCUAAAAUAUGCAGAGAAAGAUGUGUCUGAGGGUUCGGAAUAUGAGUUCAGAGUAUCAGCCAUUAAUAUGUCUGGAGCUGGAGAACCCAGCGCACCUUCUGUAAUGGUCUGUGCUAUAAACCCCAAGAUGAAGCCUCAUUUCAAAGAUCCUGAAGACUUUAUGGUUGUGAGAUCAGGAAAUUCUAUCAGAAUAAAAAUUAAUUAUGAGGCCUCUCCACUGCCUAACAUUACGUGGCUUAAGAACGGUGAACCUGUAUCUCCCUGGAAAAAGAUAAUUAAUAGCGAUGGAACAUCCACGCUUGUCGUACCCACAUCAAAGUACUCUGACUCUGGUAUUUACACAAUUGUUGCUAAAAACUCAAGUGGGCAGGCAAGCUUUGACAUAGAGGUCAGAGUAACAGAUGAACCCAAGCCACCAAGCCAAGUGGCGCUGGAGCAGGUGGUUUAUGGUAAAGUCAUUAUCACAUGGGCUCCAUCUCCAGACCAGAAGAAGGACGACAGACUGUAUUACAUUGUGGCAGAACAUAACUCUAAUACACGCAUUUGGCACACAAUAGCCGAUCAUCUUCUCUGUAAUACCUACACAACCAGCAUCAAACCAGGUCUAGAAUAUCACUUCAGAGUCUAUGCAAAAAAUGAUAUGGGACUUUCUGAUCCUUCAGAUUCACCAACAUGGGGUGUCAACAGCAACAGAGUUUCGGUACCCUCAAGUGUGCCGCCUGUGAUCACUUUGGAAAGGCCACCAUCCAUUCUGGUUCCACUGAAGCAACACGCUCCACCCAAUGGAUAUCAGUGCCACAUGACCUGCGCUGUCCGUGGCUGCCCCACACCACAUAUUGCAUGGUACCAUAAUGGGAUUUGCAUCAACUCCAACAAUAACUACUACAUCACAAAUGCAUUUGGCAUCUGCUCCAUGAACAUCCUCAAAGUUUGUGCUGAAAAUAGUGGCGAAUACAAAGUGGUGGCAGUCAACUCAUUUGGCAGGGCAGAAUGUUCCACCAAAUUAAAAGUGCAAGAACCACUAUCCUACACCAUCUUGCAAUUUGCUGGUACUGCAUCGCUGCUGGAGAUUGAGCAAGUAAGAAGAGCCCAAGCUCUUGAGGAGCAGCUCACGUCUUUCCACAGGAGUCUGGAGGACCAUCAGAAGAGCACUCAUAACCUUCACUCUCACCUCGCUGCCCAGCUUGUGAUCGUGCCGAGCCAGAAUCAGCAGCUUGUUUCUGUAGAGAAAGAGAUUUUAGAAGUGCAAGCAACAACUGAGGAGGAUUUUCCCAUCAAGGCUGAAGAAGUUGAAGUAAAUGAUAAAACUGUGAUGGAGGAUAAAGAAAUAACUGGGGAUGUUCAGGUCCAAGAAGAAUUUGUUGAGGAUCAAGUAGUAUCUGAGGAGGAAGUACCAGCUGGGGGGGUUCAGGUCCAGGUGGAAGUUGUUGAAGAGCAAGCCAAGAAGGAUGGAAUACCUGAGGAAGUUCAGCUCCAAAAAUAUGUUUUUGAAGAGGAAACCGUGCUUAAGGGACUGCAGGUCAAGGAAGAUGUUGUUGCACAGCAACCAUCUAAAGAACAGUCUGAGAAGGUUUAA